GUUGACCGCGGAAGGAGGGACCACUUGGUCAACAACAACCGAGCAUGUCCUUCCAGGUCCGUCUCUGCCCAUUAUUAUUUGUUUGAGUUAUGGAUUUGACCUUGUCGCAUUUUCAUCUCGACGUGCUCUUAAUUUCUGUCCCUAUCAGUAUCUUCCAGCACUGCUUGUCCGGGUCGACAUGAAUUUUGCCAUCCCCGCAUCGGUUGAAGAGUGGUGACUGUUGUGGAAAAUCGAUUGCGGCGAUGUUCGCGCAUUGCAGUAGCCCGAUAUGGCGGGUUGACGACUUGUCUGCAUGCUUCCAAGCCGACUAUCUCCAGACUCUCUUGCCAUUGCUGGCAUGUGCGGUGUCUCUCUUGCUUCUACUUCACCAAUUCCUUUGGCAAACGACGAUACGAUUUCACAACCGAUCUCGAGAUCUUCUUGUUGACACCAGCGAGGAUGAGCCUGAGUCUGGCGAUGAAGACGAUGAUAGCCUAGCCAGACUGACGCUGCAGAAGACAUACUCUCAUGGAGGACACUCAACGAAGGAUGUAAACAAACCUACAGGCGAAGUCUUCAUGGUCACAUUUGAAUUCCUACUGCUGUCCGCACAACUUGCCGUAAAUGUUGCAGCCCUUUUGAACACAUCGGACCGAAAAAGAAGGACUUGGACAGCAGAGACCGCCGUGUGGGCUUAUCUCCUAGUCAUUGCUGGGGCACGUCUGGUCUCUUCCACAACGAAGUGGCAAAGCCCUCUCAAAGGCCUCUGGAAUCACAGUUCAGCGCUGUACAUCGUCCAAUGGCUUUGCCAAGUUUGGGUGUUCCGUUCUGUUCUUGUCCACCGCCCUGGGCAACCUUCUCAGAUCCUGACAAUAGUGUCGUUUGCGAUCACGUGUACGCUUGUCGUACUUGCUCUCACAGCUCGAAAGGGAAACAAAGGUGUUUUGCUGGAGUAUGAAGGUGACAUCGAACCGUCUCGAGAGCCGCUCGCCAGCGUCCUGUCCCUCGCAACGUUUACUUGGGUCGACCCGAUCGUCUGGAAAGGAUUCAAGAAGACGUUGGAGCUCGCUGAUGUCUGGAAUCUGGCUUUGGAAGACAAGGCAGAGACUGUACUAGCCCAGUUCCGGCAGAUUCGAAAGACUCACUCGCUAGCUGUCCGACUCCUCCUGCACUUUAAGACUCAGAUUUUAAUCCAGGGUGCAUGGUGUAUGCUGGCCAGCGUCUUCAUGUUUCUUCCAACCCUUCUCUUGAAGGCCGUUCUGGAAUACCUGGAAAACACAGACACAGUUCCCGUUAGUGCUGCGUGGCUGUAUGUCAUCCUUCUUUUCGCCACAGGAGCUGUUCAAGCAGUUGGCGAUGGUCAAGGCCUGUGGAUCGGUCGAAAAAUCUGCAUUCAACUACGUGCUAUUAUCAUUGGCGAGAUAUACUCCAAGACUUUGAGACGGAAGGCGGCGGCAACCACUGAUACAAAGCUUGGAGAAGAAGCUGCUCGAAAGGAAGGAAGUUUCUGGGCAAAGAUCGGGUCGCUUUGCAGAGGAAGGGGCCGAAAACAGCAGAAUGCUGCGUCUGACGCCAAUUCUAAGAAGUCCACGGGAUCUCAAGCCAACAACGGCACCAUCAUUAACUUGAUGUCCAUUGAUUCCUUCAAAGUGGCCGAAGUCUGUGCCUAUCUCCAUUUUCUCUGGGCGGCGGUACCCGUCCAACUGGUUAUGGCUGUGAGCCUGCUAUACAACGUCCUUGGCUUCAGCUCUUUCGUUGGAAUAUUCGUGAUGAUCCUUAUCUUGCCACUCAACCUCUACAUCGCACAUUCGUUCCAGGCGGCACAGAAACGGAUCAUGGCAGCCACUGAUGGCAGAAUUCACGUCACGAAUGAAGUUCUCCAAAACAUCAGAAUCAUCAAAUACUUCGCCUGGGAGCAGCGUUUCCAAAACAAUGUGAACGAGAAAAGACAAGUCGAGCUCUCUGCCUUAUGGCGCAAAUACGUUUUGUGGGCAUCUGCAGCUACCAUCUGGAGUGGUGUCCCGAUUCUGAUCACUUUUGUUUCGUUUCUCAUGUACACGCGAGUCGAGAAGCGACCGCUGGUGCCCUCCAUCGCCUUUCCAGCCUUAUCGAUGUUCUCUCUACUUCGGAUUCCAUUGGACCAGCUUGCCGACAUGGUAGCUCACGUUCAAGAGUCCAAGGUAUCGGUUGAUCGAGUUGAGCAGUUCCUAGAGGAGGCAGAAACAGAGAAAUAUCUGCAAUUGCGCCAGAGCAGACGAAGAAGCCUACCGACCACCCGCAUUGCGCUUGAAAAUGCUACCUUAACUUGGGGAACAACCGACGAAGACGUGAGCGAGGCAUUCAGACUUAUCAACAUGAGCGCCGAGUUCUCUAUUGGUCAGUUGAAUGUCAUCGCUGGACCGACGGGAGCCGGCAAGACCUCUCUUUUAAUGGCAUUGUUGGGGGAAAUGCAACUGCUCAGCGGUGCUGUUUACAUCCCGGGUGGAUCUGUACGACAAGAUCUGCGCCCUGACCCUGUGACGGGGCUGACUGAGAGUGUGGCAUAUUGCGCACAGCAGGCGUGGCUGGUCAAUGCGACAAUCAAAGAGAAUAUUCUCUUUGCCAGUCCCUAUGAUGAAGAUCGCUACCAUGAGGUCAUUUCAAUUUGUGCUCUGGAACGUGAUCUAGAGAUCCUGGACGCUGGUGACCAGACUUUGGUUGGUGAGAAGGGAAUCACUUUGUCAGGAGGUCAGAAGCAGCGAAUAUCGCUUGCGCGAGCGAUGUAUUCGAAUUCGAAGCACAUACUUCUCGAUGACUGUCUUAGUGCUGUCGACGCUCACACCGCCAAGCACAUCUUCGAAGAGGCUCUGACUGGAGAUCUGAUGGCCCACCGAACUUGUAUCCUGGUCUCGCACAACGUGGCACUUACGGUCCCACUUGCGAGUUGGGUGGUUGUCCUCGACAACGGUAAGAUCGUGGCUCAAGGAACGCCGCAAGAAAUUAUCGAAAGCGGCACGCUCGGGGAUGAACUCUUCAAGUCACGUCCUGUUUCAAGGACCAACUCCAGACCGCCGUCCCGCACACCGUCCAACCUCGAAGAAGAGCGAUCACAUUUGUCUGGAAGAAAUACAAACGGUACCGCCGACCCAAGCGGGAAGGCAACCAAUAAAGGCAGGCCGAAGACGAAUAAGCCCGAGAAACAAUUCAUCGAUCACCGGAUUGAAGCAAAAGCCACAGGAAGUGUGAAAUGGUCAACAAUCCAGAUGUAUCUUAAGGCGAUGGGCCCUUGGUACUAUUGGAUUUUCGCUGCGUGGGGAUUCAUAGCAACACAAUUGGGUUCAGUCGCGACAAACUUGUGGAUCAGACAGUGGGCCAACGCCUACCACGUCCGCGGUGUGCAUACGACACAUGCAGCCGUAAAUGCCUUUCAGGAUGUGAAGGCGAUGGGAGCAACAUCGAAUUUUGGAGGUUCAUAUGUUCAAAUGCCCCAAACAGCGCCAUCCUACGGCAUACCAUGGGUUGUCAAGUCAUUUUAUGAUGUCGACGAUGGCUACUAUCUUGGGAUAUAUGCCCUGAUUGGUGGUCUGUACGUUUUUAUCUGCUUUUCCCGAGAAAUCAUCCUGUUCUGGGGCUCUCGUCGCGCUGUAAGUCCUCGUCCUGUUUCAAUCCCCUUGGUCUUCGCAGGAGUUACCGGUCAAUGGGCAGCGUCAAUACGUGUGCGAGCUAACGGAUAUCUGCAGUCUUGGUGUCUGCAUGAGAGACUCUUGACAAGCAUUCUUCGCGCCAAAUUUCGCUUUUUCGAUUCGACGCCGCUCGGCCAGCUAACUAAUCGAUUCUCUAAAGACAUUCAAGCUCUGGACCAAGAAGUCGCUCCUGUGGCGAUUGGCAUGCUGCACAGCGCCGCCGCCGUCCUGACGAUUGUGGUCCUGAUUUCCGUCAUCACUCCUGGCUUCUUGAUCCCAGGUGUCUUCAUCACCAUCAUGUACAUACUAACCGGUCUCCUCUACAUCCGCUCGUCACGCGACUUGAAACGGAUCGAAGCAGUUCAGCGAAGCCCUCUGUUCCAACAUUUUGGGGAGACGUUGAGUGGAGUGGUCACGAUUCGGGCCUAUGGAGAUGAGUCGAGAUUCAUCGAGGACAGCCAAUUGAAGGUCAACACACACAACCGCCCAUUCAUCUACUUGUGGGCUACUAACAGAUGGCUCGCAUUUCGGAUCGAUAUUGCGGGGGCACUGGUGUCUUUCUUUUCAGCCAUGUUCGUGGUCAUUAACGCUGGCCGCAUUGACCCUGGCGCUGCAGGGUUGGCACUAUCUUAUGCUAUCACUUUCACCCAAAAUGUUCUGUGGCUGGUGCGCCUAUAUGCUGCCAAUGAACAGAACAUGAACGCCGUCGAACGAAUACAAGAGUACAUCGACGUCGAGCAAGAAGCACCUGCAAAUAUCCCGGAGACAAAACCUGCGGCGAAUUGGCCCAGUCACGGAGUUGUCGAGUUCAUCGGAUACAGCACGAGAUACCGACCAGAUCUAGAACCUGUACUAAGAAACGUGACUUUCAAGAUUGAAGCAGGGCACAAAGUCGGGAUUGUCGGGAGGACUGGUGCAGGCAAGAGCUCACUCGCGCUGGCAUUGUUCAGAGGCUUGGAGGCGGAGGAGGGCAAGAUCUUGAUUGAUGAUGUCGACAUUGGACUCAUCGGGCUUCAAGACUUGCGGGAAAACAUCACGAUCGUCCCCCAGGAUCCCACCCUCUUUUCCGGCACGCUAAGGAGCAAUCUGGACCCGUUUGAACUCUUCACGGAUGAAGAGAUCUUCACCGCCCUUCGACGAGUCCAGCUCAUCUCAGGGGCACAUAGUGGCUCAGAGCAGUCGGGUGCAACAACACCGCUUGAGGCCUCCAGCCGAUCACCAACAGUCCGGGGGGAUUCAAGUCCGCCGCAGAGUCAUGUCUCGCUGUCUGCGAAAGGGACCGUGAAAUCCGACUCGACCCUUGUCCACGUUGCCAGCAACAGCAAGGAAAACAAAAACAUUUUCCGAGACUUGUCUUCUCCAGUGGCUGAAUCUGGCUCGAACCUGUCUCAGGGCCAACGACAGCUGCUGUGUCUUGCUAGAGCAUUACUGAAGUCACCAAAAGUGCUAGUGAUGGAUGAAGCCACGGCAUCGAUCGACUAUGCGACUGAUUCCAAGAUCCAAGACACUCUACGAGAACUCCACAACAACACUAUAUUGACCAUUGCUCAUCGAUUGCAGACCAUUAUUGAUUACGAUCGAGUAUUGGUGCUUGACAAAGGAGAGGUAGUGGAGUAUGCUGAUCCCUGGGAGCUGCUGCAAAAGGAAGAUGGUCAUUUCAGAGCCAUGUGCCAAACGAGCGGCGACUUCGACACAUUGUAUGACUUGGCAAAGAAAUCGUGGCAGGAACGGCGAUUGAUCGAUGACUCUUGAUGUGCGUCCAAGGACUUUCUGUUAUGCAUGGUUGGGGUAAUUUGGGUACUAUGAGAUUCGGCGGGUGGGAGGAGCAAUUGCUUUCGCUGACUACUUAAGAGAUGAAUGGCUUCAGUCUGUACAUAUAUCUCUCGUCCCUGUAUAGUUGGGACUAGACAAUUGCGUGCCAUGAGCGAGUCAGUCUAAGUGGCACCGGUCUGGUCCAGAGACAACACUAUUGGCGACAAUAUAGACGACGCAAGAUCAAAAGCACAUACCAACCUCGCGCUUUCUGGC